AUGUUGUGGUCAGAGAGUGUGGAGGAGGAGGAGGAGGAGGAGCGUAUGUUGUGGUCAGAGUGUGUGGAGGAGGAGGAGGAGCGUAUGUUGUGGUCAGAGAGUGUGGAGGAGGAGGAGCGUAUGUUGUGGUCAGAGUGUGUGGAGGAGGAGGAGGAGCUUAUGUUGUGGUCAGAGAGUGUGGAGGAGGAGGUGGAGGAGGAGCGUAUGUUGUGGUCAGAGUGUGUGGAGGAGGAGGUGGAGGAGGAGCGUAUGUUGUGGUCAGAGUGUGUGGAGGAGGAGGUGGAGGAGGAGCGUAUGUUGUGGUCAGAGAGUGUGGAGGAGGAGGAGGAGGAGCAUAUGUUGUGGUCAGAGAGUGUGGAGGAGGAGGAGGAGCGUAUGUUGUGGUCAGAGUGUGUGGAGGAGGAGGAGGAGGAGGAGCGUAUGUUGUGGUCAGAGAGUGUGGAGGAGGAGGAGGAGGAGCAUAUGUUGUGGUCAGAGAGUGUGGAGGAGGAGGAGGAGGAGGAGCGUCUGUUGUCAGAGAGUGUGGAGGAGGAGGAGCGUAUGUUGUCAGAGAGUGUGGAGGAGGAGGAGGAGGAGCAUAUGUUGUGGUCAGAGUGUGUGGAGGAGGAGGAGGAGGAGGAGCGUAUGUUGUGGUCAGAGUGUGUGGAGGAGGAGGUGGAGGAGGAGCAUAUGUUGUGGUCAGAGUGUGUGGAGGAGGAGGUGGAGGAGGAGGUGGAGGAGGAGCGUAUGUUGUGGUCAGAGAGUGUGGAGGAGGAGGAGGAGGAGCAUAUGUUGUGGUCAGAGUGUGUGGAGGAGGAGGAGGAGGAGGAGCGUAUGUUGUGGUCAGAGAGUGUGGAGGAGGAGGAGGAGGAGCGUAUGUUGUGGUCAGAGAGUGUGGAGGAGGAGGUGGAGCAUAUGUUGUGGUCAGAGAGUGUGGAGGAGGAGGAGGAGGAGGAGGAGCGUAGGUUGUGGUCAGAGAGUGUGGAGGAGGAGGAGGAGGAGGAGCGUAUGUUGUGGUCAGAGUGUGUGGAGGAGGACGAGGAGCGUAUGUUGUGGUCAGAGAGUGUGGAGGAGGAGGUGGAGGAGGAGCGUAUGUUGUGGUCAGAAAGUGUGGAGGAGGAGGAGGAGGAGGAGCGUAUGUUGUGGUCAGAGUGUGUGGAAGAGGUGGAGGAGGAGCUUAUGUUGUGGUCAGAGUGUGUGGAGGAGGAGGAGGAGGAGGAGGAGCGUAUGUUGUGGUCAGAGAGUGUGGAGGAGGAGGAGCGUAUGUUGUGGUUAGAGUGUGUGGAGGAGGAGGAGCGUAUGUUGUGGUCAGAAAGUGUGGAGGAGGAGGAGGAGGAGGAGCGUAUGUUGUGGUCAGAGUGUGUGGAAGAGGUGGAGGAGGAGCUUAUGUUGUGGUCAGAGAGUGUGGAGGAGGAGGAGGAGGAGGAGGAGCGUAUAUGUUGUGGUCAGAGUGUGUGGAGGAGGAGGAGGAAGAGCGUAUGUUGUGGUCAGAGAGUGUGGGAGGAGGAGGAGGAGGAGGAGGAGCGUAUGUUGUGGUCAGAGUGUGUGGAGGAGGAGGAGGAGCGUAUGUUGUGGUCAGAGUGUGUGGAGGAGGAGGAGGAGGAGGAGGAGGAGGAGGAGGAGGAGGAGGAGGAGGAGGAGGAGGAGCAGUGUGUGGAGGAGGAGGAGGAGGAGGAGGAGCGUAUGUUGUGGUUAGAGUGUGUGGAGGAGGAGGUGGAGGAGGAGCGUAUGUUGUGGUCAGAGAGUGUGGAGGAGGAGGAGGAGGAGGAGGAGGAGGAGGAGCGUAUGUUGUGGUCAGAGUAUGUGGAGGAGGAGGAGGAGCGUAUGUUGUGGUCAGAGAGUGUGGAGGAGGAGGAGGAGGAGCGUAUGUUGUCAGAGUGUGUGGAGGAGGAGGAGGAGGAGGAGGAGGAGCGUAUGUUGUCAGAGAGUGUGGAGGAGGAGGAGCGUCUGUUGUCAGAGAGUGUGGAGGAGGAGGAGCGUCUGUUGUGGUCAGAGUAUGUGGAGGAGGAGGAGGAGCGUAUGUUGUGGUCAGAGUGUGUGGAGGAGGAGGAGGAGGAGCGUAUGUUGUGGUCAGAGAGUGUGGAGGAGGAGGUGGAGGAGGAGCGUAUGUUGUGGUCAGAAAGUGUGGAGGAGGAGGAGGAGCGUAUGUUGUGGUCAGAGUGUGUGGAAGAGGUGGAGGAGGAGCUUAUGUUGUGGUCAGAGAGUGUGGAGGAGGAGGAGGAGCGUAUGUUGUGGUCAGAGUGUGUGGAGGAGGAGGAGGAGCGUAUGUUGUGGUCAGAGAGUGUGGAAGAGGAGGAGGAGCGUAUGUUGUGGUCAGAGUGUGUGGAGGAGGAGGAGGAGGAGGAGGAGGAGGAGGAGGAGGAGGAGGAGGAGGAGCGUAUGUUGUGGUCAGAGUGUGUGGAGGAGGAGGAGGAGCGUAUGUUGUGGUCAGAGAGUGUGGAAGAGGAGGAGGAGCGUAUGUUGUGGUCAGAGUGUGUGGAGGAGGAGGAGGGAGGAGGAGGAGGAGGAGCGUAUGUUGUGGUUAGAGUGUGUGGAGGAGGAGGUGGAGGAGGAGCGUAUGUUGUGGUCAGAGAGUGUGGAGGAGGAGGAGGAGGAGGAGCGUAUGUUGUGGUCAGAGAGUGUGUGGAGGAGGAGGUGGAGGAGGAGCGUAUGUUGUGGUCAGAGUGUGUGGAGGAGGAGGAGGAGGAGGAGCGUAUGUUGUGGUCAGAGUGUGUGGAGGAGGAGGAGGAGGAGGAGCGUAUGUUGUGGUCAGAGUGUGUGGAGGAGGAGGAGGAGCGUAUGUUGUGGUCAGAGAGUGUGGAAGAGGAGGAGGAGCGUAUGUUGUGGUCAGAGUGUGUGGAGGAGGAGGAGGAGGAGGAGGAGGAGGAGGAGGAGCGUAUGUUGUGGUUAGAGUGUGUGGAGGAGGAGGUGGAGGAGGAGCGUAUGUUGUGGUCAGAGAGUGUGGAGGAGGAGGAGGAGGAGCAGUGUGUGGAGGAGGAGGAGGAGGAGGAGGAGGAGCGUCUGUUGUGGUCAGAGAGUGUGGAGGAGGAGGAGCGUAUGUUGUGGUCAGAGUAUGUGGAGGAGGAGGAGGAGCGUAUGUUGUGGUCAGAGUGUGUGGAGGAGGAGGAGGAGGAGCGUAUGUUGUGGUCAGAGAGUGUGGAGGAGGAGGUGGAGGAGGAGCGUAUGUUGUGGUCAGAAAGUGUGGAGGAGGAGGAGGAGCGUAUGUUGUGGUCAGAGUGUGUGGAAGAGGUGGAGGAGGAGCUUAUGUUGUGGUCAGAGAGUGUGGAGGAGGAGGAGGAGCGUAUGUUGUGGUCAGAGUGUGUGGAGGAGGAGGAGGAGCGUAUGUUGUGGUCAGAGAGUGUGGAAGAGGAGGAGGAGCGUAUGUUGUGGUCAGAGUGUGUGGAGGAGGAGGAGGAGGAGGAGGAGGAGGAGGAGGAGGAGCGUAUGUUGUGGUCAGAGAGUGUGGAGGAGGAGGUGGAGGAGGAGCGUAUGUUGUGGUCAGAAAGUGUGGAGGAGGAGGAGGAGGAGGAGCGUAUGUUGUGGUCAGAGUGUGUGGAGGAGGAGGAGGAGGAGGAGCGUAUGUUGUGGUCAGAGUGUGUGGAGGAGGAGGAGGAGCGUAUGUUGUGGUCAGAGAGUGUGGAAGAGGAGGAGGAGCGUAUGUUGUGGUCAGAGUGUGUGGAGGAGGAGGAGGAGGAGGAGGAGGAGGAGGAGGAGCGUAUGUUGUGGUUAGAGUGUGUGGAGGAGGAGGUGGAGGAGGAGCGUAUGUUGUGGUCAGAGAGUGUGGAGGAGGAGGAGGAGGAGCAGUGUGUGGAGGAGGAGGAGGAGGAGGAGCGUAUGUUGUGGUCAGAGAGUGUGGAGGAGGAGGAGCGUAUGUUGUGGUCAGAGUGUGUGGAGGAGGAGGAGGAGCUUAUGUUGUGGUCAGAGAGUGUGGAGGAGGAGGUGGAGGAGGAGCGUAUGUUGUGGUCAGAGUGUGUGGAGGAGGAGGUGGAGGAGGAGCGUAUGUUGUGGUCAGAGUGUGUGGAGGAGGAUGUGGAGGAGGAGCGUAUGUUGUGGUCAGAGUGUGUGGAGGAGGAGGUGGAGGAGGAGGUGGAGGAGGAGCGUAUGUUGUGGUCAGAGAGUGUGGAGGAGGAGGAGGAGGAGCAUAUGUUGUGGUCAGAGUGUGUGGAGGAGGAGGAGGAGGAGCGUAUGUUGUGGUCAGAGUGUGUGGAGGAGGAGGUGGAGGAGGAGCAUAUGUUGUGGUCAGAGUGUGUGGAGGAGGAGGUGGAGGAGGAGCGUAUGUUGUGGUCAGAGAGUGUGGAGGAGGAGGAGGAGGAGCGUAUGUUGUGGUCAGAGAGUGUGGAGGAGGAGGAGGAGGAGCGUAUGUUGUGGUCAGAGUGUGUGGAGGAGGAGGAGGAGGAGCGUAUGUUGUGGUCAGAGAGUGUGGAGGAGGAGGAGCGUAUGUUGUGGUUAGAGUGUGUGGAGGAGGAGGUGGAGGAGGAGCGUAUGUUGUGGUCAGAGAGUGUGGAGGAGGAGGAGGAGGAGCAGUAUGUGGAGGAGGAGGAGGAGCGUAUGUUGUGGUCAGAGAGUGUUGAGGAGGAGGUGGAGGAGGAGCUUAUGUUGUGGUCAGAGAGUAUGGAGGAGGAGGAGGUGGAGGAGCGUAUGUUGUGGUCAGAGUGUGUGGAGGAGGAGGAGGAGGAGGAGCGUAUGUUGUGGUCAGAGUGUGUGGAGGAGGAGGAGGAGCGUAUGUUGUGGUCAGAGAGUGUGGAAGAGGAGGAGGAGCGUAUGUUGUGGUCAGAGUGUGUGGAGGAGGAGGAGGAGGAGGAGGAGGAGGAGGAGGAGGAGCCGAGCAGGAGUCAGCUCUGUUACUGUGACAACGGCAGCAUCAGGUCAGAGCAUGGACAGUGA